GUCACAACUGGCGGGACUAAUGCGCCACACACAGGCGCUGCUAAUCAGUCGCCUCCUAGGGCAACAGGCCCGCCCCAAGUCCACCACAAUGCUGCCACAGCCUAAGGAGAAGGCGAAGACCCCUGUGUGCCCAGUAGCAGACGGAUCGGCUCUCCAGCUGGCCCGCCACUGUCUGCUUAGUGGCCAGGUAAUUGGCCUACCUACAGACACCGUUUACGGCUUAGCCUGCGACGCCAAUAACGAGCAGGCCAUCCAGCGCCUGUACGAGAUCAAGGGCAGGGACGAACAUAAGCCGGUAGCCAUCUGCGUGCACAACAACUCCGCCCUCCGUCGCUUUGGCCAGGCUGCCCACCUCAGCGACGAGCUGCUAACUCGUUUGCUCCCGGGCCCCCUGACCAUCGUGAUCGAGCGGACGCCCGCGCUGAGCAAUAGGUUCCUCAAUCCCAGCACCUCCAAGAUCGGCAUACGUAUUCCAGACUUUCAGUUUAUGCGAGACCUGUGCGCCGUGUGGCACGAGCAGCCGCUGGCCCUGACCAGCGCCAACCGGUCCAGUGCGCCCAGCAGUCUGCAAGUGUCUGAGUUCCGGUCGCUCUGGCCCCAAUUGGGGGCUGUCUUCGAUGCCGGCCAAAUUGGUCUUACGGAGGAGCGACGUCUGGCCUCCACGGUGAUCGACUUGGCCACUCCGGGCUACUAUGAGAUAGUGAGAGCAGGAGUGGCCCUAAAGCAAACCGUGGCCGUAAUGGAGGAAUUCGGCAUCCGGUCGAGAAAAAUGCUUUAGAAUACUAAACAUUUUGUUAAUUCCCUAAAAAAUCAUAAUUGGAAAUAAUGUUAAGUUCCAUAAACAGUUUAUAGUUUUCAUAGUUUUAAAAUCAAUUGCGACUCGCAUUUUAAAUAUUAUUACGUUGAUAUCAAAUAAUUAUAUAAUUGUAUUCAAUUCGCAUCUAUAGUUCUCCAAAACAAUGAAUCAAAAGUCAAAUAACGAGAUGUUAACUAAGCGUUA